CACUCCCCUGUCCUUGGGGUAGGAAAAGUCUUCCACCUCCUCAGGUUUAAAGACCUUCAGCCUGUCCCCAGAACGCAGUGUUCUCAUCUGUAGUGUUCAAGGGUGCUGGAGUGUGCCCUGCCAUCGGACCUGGGAGCCUGUGGGUGGGCGCACAGAUGAGGAGUCUGGGAUCAAUGUGACUCUAGAAACAAAUGGAUGAAUGAAUAUCCAUAUGAAGAGGAAAACAAUAAAGAAUAUCAACACCUUUGAGAACAGAAUGUUAAUGCUUGAUGGGAUGCCGGCAGUCAGAGUCAAAACAGAGCUUUUGGAAUCUGAACAAGGGUCUCCAAACGUCCACAACUACCCCGAUAUGGAAGCUGUACCCCUGUUGCUAAAUAAUGUGAAAGGGGAGCCCCCGGAGGACUCAUUAUCCGUCGAUCACUUCCAAACACAAACUGAGCCAGUGGACUUGUCAAUAAACAAAGCCAGGACGUCCCCCACUGCCGUUUCAUCCUCCCCAGUUUCCAUGACAGCAUCCGCCUCCUCACCUUCUUCCACUUCAACCUCUUCAUCUUCAUCUAGUCGUCCAGCCUCAUCCCCAACUGUUAUAACAUCAGUAUCUUCAGCAUCGUCUUCGUCAACAGUAUUAACUCCAGGACCCCUUGUUGCCUCUGCGUCUGGCGUGGGAGGCCAGCAGUUUUUGCACAUUAUCCAUCCUGUACCGCCUUCAAGUCCCAUGAAUUUACAGUCUAACAAACUGAGUCACGUUCACCGCAUCCCCGUGGUGGUACAGUCGGUGCCUGUUGUCUACACAGCUGUACGGUCACCUGGAAAUGUGAACAACACUAUCGUCGUGCCGCUUUUGGAGGAUGGGAGAAGCCAUGGCAAAGCACAAAUGGACCCCCGAGGCCUAUCUCCCAGACAAAGUAAAAGUGACAGUGAUGACGAUGACCUGCCAAAUGUGACCUUAGAUAGCGUUAAUGAAACUGGAUCUACGGCCCUUUCCAUAGCCAGAGCAGUCCAAGAGGUACAUCCGUCCCCAGUCUCAAGGGUCCGGGGAAAUCGAAUGAAUAAUCAGAAGUUUGCUUGUUCAAUUUCACCAUUUAGUAUUGAGAGCACAAGACGCCAGAGACGGUCCGAAUCCCCAGACUCCAGGAAACGACGUAUCCACAGAUGUGAUUUUGAGGGAUGCAACAAAGUGUACACAAAAAGUUCUCACCUGAAGGCUCACCGGAGGACACAUACAGGAGAGAAACCCUACAAGUGUACCUGGGAAGGCUGCACCUGGAAGUUUGCGCGCUCCGACGAACUGACGCGGCAUUACCGCAAACACACGGGAGUGAAGCCCUUCAAGUGCGCGGACUGUGAUCGCAGCUUCUCCCGGUCAGACCACUUGGCCCUGCACCGCCGGAGGCACAUGCUGGUGUGAGGACCGCUCGCUGUCCAGCUGGGCGGAAGAGCUGGAUCUCUUAGCGGCACCCAAUUCAGCAGGGCUGAAUUCCCUUCACAGUGUUAACUCAAAAGGGCAUCACCAUCCCACGAUGUCUGAAAUCAGAGCAGGAACAAGAAGGAACACUUCUUUCGGUCUGAAGGUAACCCCCACCUUGACUACGCGAGAGACGGCUUCACCCUGACAUGGGAGUUCAGCCACAAAAAUGCUGAAGAGACAGGCAUUGAUUGUUUUCCGUGCUGUGUCCUCUGCCAUUUACAGAUGUUUGUAGCUUGUACAUUUUCUGAGCUGUCAGACAGUUUUGUUAUUGAGAUCGUAAAGGUCAUCUACCACAAAUUGAUGGCUAGAGCAAUUUGGAUUUGGAUGAUUUUUUCAAUUUGGAUGAUUCUCUCAUCAUGCCCCCCCCACUACCCCCCACCCCACCUUUAACCCCCUUUUACAAAAAAAAAAAAAAGAUUAGUUCUUAGCUAAGUAAGCUAGAACCCACAUCCAGUCUGUUACCAGCAAGCAGCAUGAAAGUGGGAAGGAAGAAAUUGUUGGAGAGGUUCCAUUACCUGAAAAUAAAGGCCCUGGAUUCAAGCAGGCCCUUGCAAUAGCGAUGGCAGCAACUAGAUGUCCCUCGCAACUUGUCAUCAUGCCAUGCCCUGAAGAAAACCAACAUUGAAUCUCUCAUUUGUUUGUCGUUGAUUGUUUCUGUUUCGUUCGAUUCUGUUUUGUUCAUCUGUUUGAGCAGAGGGGCAGCGACAUUUCAGUUGAAGUCUAGUCCUGGUCUCUGCCCUGGCACGGACUGGCACCAAGGUGUUCUGUAGUUGAAUAGGAAGAGCCUGUCUAAAAAAACCUACUGCCCCACUUCAAAUCGCAGUGUUCUGUCACCUAGGCAUCAUCUCUUCCUGCCCCCAGUGUUUGAUUACAAGGAAUCAGGGGAAAAAACUUUCUUAGACACACUGGCACCAACGUAAGAGGUGGGGCUGCCCAGGCAAAGUCAGUGAACAUGAAAAAUCAGACAAAGCAGAGAUGGAAAUAAUGCACCCCUUGAGGAGAAAAGCAAUAAUGAAUAAAAAGGACUUUCCCACAAUAACUUCACUGAGGACUCACGUUACCAGUUUUCAUACUUACUAAAGGGAUUGUAAAAAACACCCCAGCAUUUUAGGUGUCUUGGUUACAUUUACGGCACUGAGGUAAUCUUUCUGCUGCUGUUUGUCCUGCUCGGUUGAGUAUCACAAUUAAAGAUUAUGCUCCCCCCUUUCUUGUUUGAAAACAGUUAUUUGGUGACUAGAAAGGCAACAGAGGCACAGCCAGGAAUUAGCUCCUCAGUUAAUGGGUCAGUUCUUGGAAUUGAGUCGGUGGAAAGGGAAUGGUCCCGCCCAAGGCCUGCCAUGGUGCUAAGUUUCCUCUGUUGGAGAGCCACGGAUAAGUCUCUCCAAUAGGUUCUUCUGUACAUUUCAUUUUCUAAACUGUACCAGGACCCACUGGUCCUGCAUUGGCAUCUGCAGGGAUAUUGAACCUACUCAUCCUGUCACGAGGAUGAGAGGAAAGUAGAAUCCCGCCAACCCCCUAAAAUUGUGAACCUUUUGCAACUAGCAAAGCAUACAGGAAACAAAGCAAUACAUCAUCAACAAGCAGUCUUUCAGAAAAAUUAGCAUAUUUUUGUCCCCACUAAAAGACAUUUUCCUACCCAGCUUUAUGUGGCUAAGGGGCUUGUUGAGAUUUUUUUGUUGUUGUUGAUGUUGUUGGUAUUGUCAUUAGGACUUUUUAUAGCUUAGAUAUAAAAGGUCUCCAGCACAGACCUUUGCAAUAUAUUUUAAUUACAGACACUUGAUUUGGGGAAUUGCACAAAUUAACCUCACAAUAUUUCUAGCUCAUUUUUAAAUGUUUGAACAUUCUGAAAUAGUUGCCGGUGACAAAAUUAUUCUUUUUAGGAUCAUCUUCUAAUUCAGAUAAUCUUAUUCUGAUGAAGCAAGAACUAUGAACAUUUCAACAAGGACAAUUUGUGUUAGAUGGUAUUAAAAGAAUUUUAACAAAUGAUUGAAGCAACAGUGUAAAGAGUUUCAGGUCAAAUUCUGACUUCAAAAAUAUGUGUUCUCUGUUUUCUGCCAGGCCUGAAAAACACAUCGGGCAAUUUCCCUCCAACAAGGGCUGCAGUUCUAUUGAUAAAUAGCUUCUUUAGCUACACAAUCUGCUACCCACCAACCAGUGGGUUUUCUACCAACUGGAACAUUUUUUAUCUGUACUGUAUGCAACUCACUUCUCAUUGCCUGUGACCAUUCAGAAUAGAAAAAGGUUUCUUGAUGCAUGCCAGCACUGGUCCGUGGCAAAGAACAGAGAGGGGCUAAAACAGCCAUGAACCCAGAACCUAGCUGGCAGGUCAGGGGAUCACUCAAGGGAAGUGUAGAUUUGAGUUAGUUCUGCCUACUCUCAAAAGAAGAGCCAGUCCAGUCUGUGUCCUCUCUCCACCAGCACCCUCUCCCCCUGCUCCCAGCAAGCAAAGUCUUGAGAGUACUGUAGGUAGGCAUGGUUUUUAGAAUUCAUUGAACUGACAGUGGAAGCUUCCUAAAUGACAGCUUGAAUUACAUUUAGCAAAGAGCUCUCUUACAACAUAGGAAAGAUGUAGGGAAGUGAGCUUUUCUCCUUACCCUCUGGUAGUGGAAAUCAGAAUGAAAUGGCGAGUUAACUGAUAAAAACCUGUCAGCAUCACACCAUCUCCCCCUCUCGACAGAGCAGUACUUCUAAGAAGGGAGCCAAGGACAAGUGAGUGAAUGAGUUCCUGAUCUACCCCAGGAACUGAAGCAUAUUGGGGGCUUGUUUUGGAAUAUAAAAAAUUCACCUUGGUGAGUUUCCCAAGGAUGUUUCCCCAUGUUAAGGAAAGUGGUUUGGGAUAGAAGGAAAUGGAAUCUGUAUAGGCAUAGAAAAGUCACCAUACCAUCCCAUGUGCAUUUCUAGCCUCUUUUGAAAAGCACAGUGCAUGAUGAACUAUAGAAAAGGGACUGAAUCCCAAAGGACUUAGCAGCUGUUCCCUAAGUAGAAACAUUCUUUGGUUUUAAAUUUGAAGCUGUUGGAUUUGCAGCUAGGGAUAUGUGCAUGGUUGGGAACUUUGAUACACACAGCUGUAAUUUUUAAGAAGCUGCAGGAGACCUGACAUUCUUUUUUUGCAUUUUAGAGAUUGAUUACAAGGGAGUUAGGGGAUUUGAAAAGUUAGGAUGUUUUAGUAGAGUCCUUUUUAGUCUGAUCUUGUUUGGAGAGAGAUUCACGCUUCCCCAUCCACCUCCAAUCUCCUCUGUCCAUUUUAUGUGGACUGUGUUGAUAACUUGUCUUAAGUUCUAUUAAGGCAUCUAGAUGGAGAUUCCUAAUGGCUUUACCAUAAAGAUUAUACUCCUGUCUUUACAAAACACAUAGGAUUUUUUGUUUAUUUGUUUUCAAAGACAAGUAAAUACCAAUAAUAUAAACCACCUUUUUUUAAAAAAAGCACUUUUUAUUCACUUUAAAGUUUAAGUGGGAAAUAGGAAGAUGAAUUGUCGGGGAAAAAAACUUAAAAAAUGCUGCAGUGUUUACAAAUGCCAGCUCUAGUUGAUUAGAAGGGCUGUUUCCAUCAUGGAUGAAAUUUGGAAUAGCUUAUGCAAAGAUUGUGUUCAUUUUGAUAUGACUUGUUUUAAUUUCAAAUCGCCAUUUGUGUUUUAAACAUAAAUAUAAUUCUGCACUUUGAAAUCAGUUCACUAGAAUAACAUGUAUAUGGAUAAAGAUGCAGUAUUCCUUAUUCUGUACUUUAUUUAUUAUACUUACCAAAGCUGCAAUUGAAUAAAUCUGGUGAGGUGAGGCCUUCAAUUGUAUUAAUAUGCCUUUGUUAUGCUGUUGUGACUGCUUAGAAAUGUAGCAGUGGUGUUGUAAUGAAGCUGUCUUAACAUGGAUAAUGAAGAUGCACAGAAUUCAAGCAGUAUCAAUGCCAGCAUCCAUGUUAUGGUCUGCAUCAAAGGGAUUGAAUAUGAGGUGACUCUGAGGAAGCAUAAUAGGCCCAGGAAGCCUUAAUUUUCAUAAUUCAUUAUCCACUCUUCAAAUUUGCUCUUUACCAAUGCCUGUCAAUUUUGGGGAGUAAAUGUAUUCUGUGAAAACAUCAUUGACCAAAUCUCUUCCUUUAGUUUUUCUGAGGUAGUGCAUUCCAUGAAAUGGUCUUUCCAAUUUGAGUCAGUUUCCUUUAGGAAAGUAAUUUGGUAAGCCACAUCUCCCAUACUUCUACUUGUCCCCACACUGCCUUCCACUUACCUGGACAGACUCCCUAACACCUGCACAUGUGUAUACGUACCUGUAUAUGCAGCUGCCAGUGAGCUAAUAAAUAUCAACAAAGAACUUUUUUAAAAGAAACAAAAUUUGUAAUAAUCCAUACUAUCUAGAAAUGUAAGUUAUUUACCUUAUUAGGGAAUCAGCUUAUAAUACUAUAUAUGACUUUGCCUGCAUUUUAUAGUUAAGAAAAUGUACAUAAAAAUUAUAAAUGCUAUAUUUUCACAGUUUCAUUAUAGAGUAAUGUCUGUUUAGCAACCCAUGUCCAUUGGUAUUUUAAAUAUGCUGAAUAUUGAGCAAUUGCAAUAGAAAUUCAGAUUUUCAUAAGAAGAUGAAAUAGAAGGAUACUGCAUCUUUAAAAAUAGAGUGAAGAUAUUUUACUGUAUACGUAACAUAUGCGAUAGUGGAAAAAAAAGUAUUUUCAAACAUGCAAAUUUUACAGAGGUUGUAAAUAGUUUGAUGAAGUAUGUCGGGGGAAAGAGCUUCUAGUUUUCAUCACAAUAAAAAAACAAAAAAGCAAAAAAAAAAAAAAAAAAAAAAAACCUUGUCCAGAUAUGCCUUGUGUAUCUUACACACAGUUAGCGAUAUUGCCAUGGGAAUCCUGUCUCACUUUGUCAGAGCAUGUUCCUUGUGCUCUGUAAUAGUGGCGUGGCCACUUGUCAUGGUUUAGCCAGGAUGGUUUAAAAUCCACUGAAGUCAUUUUAAGUUCCUACAGACACACCGAUUCCAAACUCACAAUGUCUUUUCCUGAAAAAGGGAAACAGCUACACAAAAUUUUACUUGUGCUAAAGAGGAGCAUCUGGUGAUUGUUCUGUCUUCUCAGUUAUCUUCCUCCUCAACAAACUGGUUCUUGAUCAAGAAAACCAUACAAGUAUUUAUUCUUAUUGAAUUCGAGAGGGAUUGCUUUUCAGUGUAGCUCAUGUUGACAAGAUUAAGUGCUGUGGAAAUGGCUACAUGCUCAACGAAUCUAUACUGGCAUUAGAAAUAAGCUAAUGCCCAUUUUUAGAAAUGAACUAAAUGCUGAAAGUGCCUGUCAAUAAUCAUGACCAAUGAGAUAUUCCUAUACUUUUACACAGCAAUAAUUCUUCAUCAGACUGGGUUUUUUCCUGCACAUUUUGAAAACAUACACAUAGAGUAAAUGUAUGCAUGUAAUAUAUUGAAUCUGUUCACAUACCCAUGAGGGGAGAACUUUUGUGUCUUUUAAGUAUACCUUAAUCUUCUUUGCAGUUAACAUUUCUCAAUCUGAGUUUCCUUACUUGAAGGAUGUACAAAUGCAAUUAUGAGCAUCAGGUUAUCAUCAAUGUACACUAUGGCAUAUGGCAAUUAUAUUUUUCAGAUGAAAAAUUAUACUUUUCAGAUUAAAAACUUGAUUGUGAUUUUCCCCAAACUUAAGAAACAGUAUGUAUGGCUCAAAAAUUUUUGCUCAGUUAAAAAUACCAAUGUAUUUAAAGCAAAACACUGAGGGAUAUUUGUCUGCUUAAUUUAUCCACUCAUAUCAAAUGCACAAAUCUAUCUUUAUACUUAUUCACUCCCUUUUCCUAAUAUUUCCUGUUUUCAUUUAAGAACCAUUUGGGGAUGAAUACUGACAAAAUCAUUUGUCCCCCAAAAGUCUACUGAAGUACUGUUGAUACUUGGUAAGCCUCGCCUUUAACCAAUUUUGCAGUUAGUCCUGAAAAUUGCUUGAUCCACAUCCAGAAGUUCACUAGUUUUUCCUAAAAUUAUUUUACUGCUAAAAGUGGAGUCGUGGAUAUCAAUGUACAGCGAACCCUGGAAAUUCUCCAACCUUGCCAUCCCAGAGCACAAAUUCACCCAAACAAGCUGUUGAGGCUAUCAGCAAAAUUAUACUCUUUCAGAGCCAAACAUUUACUAAAAGUAAUUUUAAAAGUAUGAGUGAUUAAACCCUCAGGCAGUGUAGACAACCGCGAUGGACAGCAAUCUCCAGGCCCAGACCACAGGCCUACAAAACCAUCGGCUGUUUUUUCCUCCAAGUUUUAGACAGGAGGAAAGGAAGAAGGAAAUGCACCAGGAUAGAGGAUGAAAUAACCAAUUAAGUUUCAAAGAAAGGCUGCUGAGUUCCUUAGUCCCACUGACAUCUUCUGAUUGGGCUUCAUUCCACAUGGUGUCGGCAAGUACUAAAAUAUCUUCAAAGUGCAAAAAUUCAGCAAACCAUGGCAAGAAUAACUAUUCUUUCUUAAACACUACAUGCCAAGCACUGUGCUAGGCGAUUUUUAGACACAUUACCUCUAAUCUGUAUGAUGAAUUCACAUAUUAUGAAUGGGAAACUGAGGCACAAGUGGGUUGCUGAGACACCUGUGUAUAAACACACACACACACACACACACACAAAAUGUAAAUGGCAGAGUGGAGAUGUGAAGCCACCUCUCUCUGGCUCUGAAACCCGUAUCCUUUCCACUGUACCUCACUGCACAUGUUUCCAGCAACCACCUUUUCAUACUCCCAAUUAAGUUUUAUUAUAGAUACUCUGCACAAGUAUUUAUCAUUUUGCAAGUAAAAUAUCAGGAUAUGAUGAUUCAUGAUUUGACGAUGGUGCAGAGUGUUUGAAAUCAGCCCUCUCCUGGAAAUUUAUGAAGGAUCAUUAUAAACAAAUAGCAGCCACCAGAUGUCUCUCUGACUUGUCACUUUAUUCCCAAAUGUUUGGCCUGGAGCUCCAGAAUUAUUAAAACCCCUCCUUACUUAGUAACAUUUUAGCCCAAGAUGGUUUUUCCCAGUUCUACACAUUUCUUUGUAUCUAUAGCAAAUGCCUGCUAGAGUCUGCUUACGGUGGGUUGGAGACGCUCACCUCCAUGGAGCUAGUUAAUACCAGAGCCUGCUCUUGCAGGUGUUAAUGGGGUGGCAAUCACAAACAUUGAGAUGAUGAUCAAUGGUUGAUUCCUUUUCAGUUUUCUCUCUUAACGGCACUGCCUUGGAAUGUUUUAAAUAGUCUUAUAAAUAAUUUGUUUAUAGUAUUGUUGUUAGCUUAAUUGAGUUUUAUGUGAGAAGCUGUCCAACAUCAGAGAAAUAAAAUCCCUACCCUCUGUAUAAAGCAAGGUCUCUGACAGUAUUGAUUCAUGGAAAUACUAAUGGACUUCAAAAACAUUAAGAGAAUGUCAUUUCUCAUAGUGUUUCUGUUUCUGAAAAUGAAUCUCCUGAAUUAUGAUCUUUCUCCCUGUUAGUUGGCUGGGGGAAGAGAUAAAACCUGCAUUAACAAAUUCUGAAAGCAAGUGUUCUGUGCACACAACCUAUUGCAGAUGGGGCCUCUUCUCAGUUAAUUGGGUUUCACCAGCAAUAAUUUCCCAAUGACAAAACAACCACUUUAAGUGAGUUGAAAGAGAUGAAAGGUAGAAACAGUCACAUCAAUACUUUUUCUUUUUUGGAUUUCAUCUCUAGAAAUUUGCAGCAUUUCAGACAUCGGAGUCUGCUCUUGGCGUAAAGCAAGGACCAGUACCUUCUGAUCUGAAUUAUUCUCUCACUUUCCCCAAAGAAGGUUAACCAAGACUUUCGCAGAGAUUCAUUUUUGUCAAGCAUGAGGUGAAUAGAAGGAUAGCAUUUGGGCCAAAAUCUAGUAACAAAAGUGUCCAAACAAUCAAAAAGUAAGAUAUUUUAGAGAUCUACUGACAUCUUCCCUUUCUGCUUAUUUCUUGCUCCGAAGAUACAAUCAUUUGACCCUACUUGGGUUUCUAGUUUUCUAUGGCAGAAUUUUGUGAUUACAUCCAACCAUAGGAUAUGUUUUGUUCCUCAAACUUUAUCACAUCGGAUGGGUAUUGUUGAACUGGGGCACUGGUGCCUAUUUGCAAGGCUCUUUCCUAUCAACUUGUCUGUCCACAAUUUGUUGUGUUUAAGGAUUCAUUUUUUUAAAAAUCACCGUCUCCCCCACGGGACAGUGGCUGUAUUGUUUUGUUCAUGUCUAUGUGGGACACAUUGCAUCACAUGGCAAACCAACUCUGUGGAUGUGCGAUAACCACUUAACAAAACCAGCUUGAAAACAUCGUCUUAUGUAUUAUGUCAUCCUGCAUCAUAAUGCAAUUAUGUGUAUCAUGAUCAUUUUUUUAAAAAAGAGAAACCAGCAAAUUCAUGUUUGUCCAUAGAAGAAUGUACUCAGAACUUUCUGUGUUUGUGAAACGAUGAGAACAGACCACCUUUAAGAUACCCACCUGCCACUUAAAAUGACUUAGUUAUAAUUAGUAGUAGUCUAGACGUUGCUCUUGGUGUGUGGGGGUCAAUUCCAAUGUCAUAUUCUCUUGAAUAAAUCUCUCAAGUCAUAUUUGAAAAAAAUACACAGGAAUAAAGACAACAUCAUCUUUGGCCAAAUCAAGCAGGCAUUUCUUUUCUUUUCCUUGACACUUAGCUCAUUAUACAUGGUGAUUAAAUCACAAGAUCUUUCUGUGUAAAAAUACAAAAACAUCCUUUAGUUUACAAAACAGUUAUUCUAGGCUUGAAGCCUCUGAACAGCAAAUUGAAUUGAUGGGCUGCGUCUGAUUCACUUGAUGGAUGUAAUUCUACAAAUAUUCCUGGGUCUCUGACCCGGGAGAGCUAGAGUGCCCAGAGGAGAACACACAAUUAAAGACUAAUCUCCCCCCCCCCAAUGAUGCUGGCAAACAAGUGUGUUGAGUUCUUAAAUCUUUGUUUGGUUUUCUGUUCAGAGUUUUAAUUGCAAAUGAAUUUAUUUCUCCAGCUUAAAGAUCUAAUUUCCUAAUAGUUUUCCUCUGCAUUUAUAUACUCUGUAGUGUUUAGGCAACCCCUGUUAUAAGUUUAUUAAUAUUAUGUAAGUGUUGUUCUUGUAUUUAUGUAUAGUGUAUGUAUUGUAAAUAUACUCAGAGCUUUUUUCCUUUUACUGUAAAAUUGUGAUUUUUUUUUUUUUUGGCCCUAUGAUAAUGUAAAGGGAGACCCUCCUAAUGAGAUUCUCUCAGAGGACGAUUAUUCCAGUCUAUUCUCAGAGAUUUAAAUGAACAAGUGUUAUCGUUUUUAAUGGUGUCUCAGACAUAUUCUGUUGGUGCAUUGCUUUUCUGUAUUCAACUUUCCUAUGAAUUGAGCUGUGAACCGAAAUAGAGUUUAAACCUUUAACUGUAUGCAUUUGUAUAAUUAUCUGAAUGAAGGCAUGAAGGUUAAAUAAAGCAUUUUGUAUGGAACAAAACUCCCUAAUUAUUACUAAGGCUGACUCAGACACUUUGGAAAUCAUAGUUAUUAACCGUUCUAAUUAAACCUUUGUUAUGAAAAGUUU